GAAUUGCAUCGAGUCACUUUCAGGAUCCAAACAUGGCCGUUCUGACGCCAUGUCGAGGGUAGUGAAUAUGUAGAGAAAACAGUGUGGCUUUCCUAAUGGUGGCCCACAAUUUAUCCCGUUUUGUCUUUGAAGGAAAUAUUACAUAUUACAGAAAAGAUUUUUGCAGUUUCAAGAAAGCCUCAAAUGACUUUUGGGGCUUUCGCCUUGAUGUGUAUGGAGUAAUAUGAAUUUGGACCCGCUUUCUUUUGCGUUAUCUGAAAUAAGUUACACUGUUGCCAAUUUAAACAAGAAGAAUUAUAAGCAGAGUGUUGCUGCCGUCAAUCACUUGGUGGCCCAGCACGGUGCUGAAGCCGAUAGGCAUCUGUUUAGGUGCCUUUUCUCUCACAUCGACUUCAGCGGCGAUGGUAAAAGCAGUGGCAAGGACCAAUAUCAGAUUCAGUAUUUGAGUCAAGAAUUUGGUGCCCUGCUUACCAAGGCCAACUUUGUUUCCAUCCUCUGUUACGCUAUUGACAAUCCUCUACAACAACAAAACAACUUGAAACCGUCCGUGCAUCUCUUCCCACAAAUCAGUCGAGUUCUUAAGUUGACUCGGGUGCAGGAAGUUGCUGUUGCACUUGCUUUGCUCAGUUCUUCUCGGACGGACCUUGUCAGUUUCGCCCUUCAGUUUACAAAACAGAAACUUCCUGAAUUGAUUCGGUCUUACGUUGAUGUUGACACAAGCCGCCAGGAAGGUGGCCUCCAAGACUCUGACCUCGAGAUCCUGCACCUAUUGCUGUUUCACCUGACUUCAGAGAGAGAGCAGCUGGGCAUUGCCCAGGAGACCUUGGACACCUUCCUUAAGACUGUUCGCAGAGAAUUCCCGCGCGAGAGGGUGCCUGUUAUCAUCAGUCCAUUUGUGUACCCAAAUUUGGAGGAUAUCAGUGCUAAAAAACUCAGAGACUUAGGAACCAUGAAGAAAAAUAUGACUGACGUCAGCGUGGCUGACAUGAUGUUAGAGGGCGGCUACUCCUGCACAUCUAGUGUGGAGGAGUGUCGUAGCCUUCUCUCUCAUUGUGGAGCAAGGGAGAUCACUGCCCCUGCUGUAGCCCGUGUCCUAGGAAUGAUGGCCCGCACGCCUGCAAACCUAGGAGACCAUGGCUCACAGUCAAAUGAUCGCCAAGAUGUUCCAGGCCACACCACCUGGAAUAUCGAUGUCUUUCUGCAAGUUGUCAAGGAAAUGAAUCCCCAUCUGAUCUGGAGGGAAGUGAUAGCCAACCUGGAUCACAACGGCUUCCUGGUGCUGGGCAGGAAGGGACUGCGGCUACUGGUGCAGGGUCUGUUUCGUGGCCUGCAGGAGCCCUUCCCCAUUGAGCUUAUCUACAAAGCCUGGAACAACACAGAAGGACAGCUGUCAUUUCUGAUUCAAGCCCUGAAGCACCCAGACGUCUUUUGUUUGGCUGAUUACAAAGGGGACUCAAACACUGUUGUCAUUGACAUUCUCAAGUCUACACCAAAUGAUGAUGACAGAGAAAUUGCUGUAUGGAAAUCCCUGAGCCUUGUGGAGGCUUUGCUGCGUCUGUCUGACAACGGACAUCAUGCCCAAGUAGUGGAACUCUUCAAGGUGCCCAUUGCCAAGUGUCCGGACAUUCUAGUGCUGGCUUUGCUUCAGAUCGCUCCCACGUGGAACAGAUUGAAGCAGGAGCUGAUCUCCAACUUAAUGCCCAGCUUCUUAGGGUCCCACAGCAACUCGGCCGUUAUUCUGCACUAUGCCUGGCAUCAUCAGGGUCACUCCAGCAACAUCCGAACCUUGAUCAUGCACUCCAUGGCUGAGUGGUACAUGAGGGGAGAGCCUCACGACCAAGUUCGCCUCUCGCGCAUCCUGGACGUGGCACAAGAUCUGAAGGCGCUGUCGAUGCUGCUGAAUGCGACGCCAUACGCUUUUGUCAUCGACCUGGCAUGUCUUGCCUCGAGACGCGAGUACCUCAAGCUUGACAAGUGGCUCAAUGACAAGAUCAGCGAACACAAGGAAGCGUUUAUCCAGGCCUGUGUGAUCUUCCUCAAGCGCCGCUGCCCUCAGCUGAUGGGCCUGCAGGUGAAGGACGAGCACCCACAGACCCGCAGCCAGCAGCUUCCCCCGGAGACAGUGGUCACCAUGCUGUCUUGUCUCAAGUUGUGGACUGUUCACCUGAACCCGGAUCUUGCAGAGACGAUCAACACAAUGUACAACAACGCCUCUAUCUACAUGAACAAGCCCAGGCCCACUCCGUCUGCGGCCAUGCAGGGCAUGGGACCCAAGCAGCCGCCCUUCCCACCACAGAAUAUGGUCAACCCGCAUGACCCACUGGCCAACAUUGGAGGGGUCCUCAACCAGCCUGGACCAGGUGCUGUGGGCCCUCCAGGACAGAGCCUACCUCAGGCCAUGGCCAAUCUCGGGCUGGGGCCCCCAGGACCCCCUGGCUCCCCGUCUAAGACGUUCCCCCCCAUGUCUCAGCAACAGCAACAACAGCAGCAGCAGCAGCAGCAGGUGGCUGCCGGCGGUUUGGGUUUCAACCCCAUGAUGGGCAAUCAGAUGCCGAGUUUGGGUGUGCAGGCUCCCAUUAACCAGAACAUGGUGCCCGCCCCCGGUCCACGGCCACCGGUUAGCAACAUGCCGUCCCUUCCCACAAACACACAGCAGACGCCCAAACCGGGCAUGCCUGUCAACCAGGAGAGGCUGGGCAAUCGCACGGCCCCUGGCCCAGUGGACGACAUGUCCAGCAUCUUCCCGGAGAUGUCUCAGACCUUCACCAAGGAGACGGAGGACCGAGCCAAUAUGUACUUCCAGCAAAUCUACAAUCAGACCAUGAGCAUCGACGAAGUUCUCACUAUGCUCAAGUCCUUCAAAGAUUCCAGCGAAAAAAUGAGCAGGGAUGUUUUUGCCUGUAUGCUGGGUAAUCUGUUUGAGGAGUACCGCUUUUUCCAUCAGUACCCCGAAAGAGAGUUGCAGAUCACAGCCCAACUGUUUGGAGGAAUUAUUGAGCAGAAGAUUGUCACAUACUUGACUUUGGGUAAAGCCCUGCGAUACAUCUUGGAAGCUCUGAAGAAACCGCCCAGCUCCAAAAUGUACCACUUUGGAAUUGCUUCUCUUGAAAGAUUUAAGUCAAAACUGAAGGAGCUGCCACAGUACUGCCAGCAUGUAACCCAGAUCCCUCACUUCAUGCAGUUCCCUCAGCACCUGAUCGAGUGUGUGGAGUACGGCACGAGGUCCCAGGAGCCCCCUCACCCUCAGAUGCCCCAUGGGAUGAUCAGCGAACUCAGUGGUCGACCUAUGACCCCCGUGGGAAACUUCCCCAGCCACGUGCGGCCCCCUGUGCCGACCAUGGAUGCAGCAGGAGGGGCCACAUCCGGCCCGCCCCCACCCCAGGCAUCGGUGGCCCCGGCCAGUGGGCCUUCUUCCGCUGCCCCGGCCAGUGGUGGUGUGACCUCAUCCUCGGUGCAGAGGAGCAGCGGCAGCUUCGCUAAGCCCUCCAUCGCCACAGCCACUAACAUCGACACACUGCUGGCAGGCCAGGGGAACAACGAUGUGCAUGUGCCGCCCGAAGCUGUACAGGACAAAGUCUUCUUUAUCUUCAACAACCUGUCCUUGGCUAACAUGAAUCAGAAGGCUGAAGAACUGAAGGAGACGAUGGGCAACGACUUUGUGUCAUGGGUUGCCCAGUACCUUGUGAUGAAGCGGGCCAGCAUUGAACCCAACUUCCACACACUCUACUCCAACUUUGUCGAUGCUCUCGGCAUUGAUAAUCUCACCAACAUUGUCGUCACAGAGACUUUUCGCAACAUUAAGGUGCUCCUGCGCAGCGACAAGGGCGUGGCCAACUUCUCAGACCGCACUCUGCUGAAGAACCUGGGCCACUGGCUCGGCAUGCUGACGCUCGCCAAGUGCACCCCCAUCCUCACCAUGGAAUUGAACCUGAAAGCUCUGGUUUAUGAGGCUUACCAGAAGGGAAAUCAAGAGCUGCUGUAUGUUGUGCCUUUUACAGCCAAGGUCUUGGAAUCCUGCUCCAAGAGCAAGAUUUUCUGCAAGCCCAACCCAUGGAUGAUGUCCAUCAUGAACGUUCUUUCCGAGCUGCACCAGGAGCCGGACUUGAAGCUCAACCUCAAGUUUGAGAUCGAGGUGCUGUGCAAGACGCUCAACAUCGACAUCUCCACUGAGCUGAAGCCCACCAAGUACCUGCGAGACCCGACCCGCAUGGCCACUCUGCCCCAGCAGCUGUCUCCGGUCACCCAGCAGGAGGAAGUGGUCGGCCCGCCUGUGGUCUCCGUGGGUGGCCCGGCAGCGGGAGCAGUUGGCGCGGCGGGACCCAACCCCCCGGUGGCCGGAGGUAUCCCCAUGCCGCCGAUCCCCAGCAUGCCUCCAAUGCCGCACACCAUCACAGGGAUCCCCCCGCCCCCCACCAGCAACAUGGCCAUCCCCCCUCCCCCGACAUCGGCCUCGGUGCCGCCCAUGCCUCAGACAGACGGCGCCACCCCGAUGCUGACGGCCUUACAGCCGCGCUUCAGCGUGCACGACAUCAACACCAACACCCCCCUGGCCACUUUCCUCCAGCAGCACAUUGUCAUUAAUGAGCAGAUCAUGUACAUCCAGACGAACAUCCCCCUGCGCAACAGUGUGAUCGGAGCCAUCGAGCACACCAUGCAGGACUUCAUUGUGCCCAUCAAGGAGCGUGCCGUGAAGAUUGCUGUGGUCACAUGUGAGCAGAUCAUCAAGAAGGACUUUGCCUUGGAUUCUGAUGAAAUUCGAAUGCGCACAGCCUCCCAGGCGAUGGCCCGCAACGUGUCGGCGGGUAUGGCAUUCAUCACGUCGCGGGAGCCCAUGCUGCAGCAGAUCAAACACAACAUCCACGCCGCGCUCAUGAGCAACAUGAGAGGACAAACUCCAGCCCAGCUGAAGAAUGUGGAGGACACUGCCAUGAUUCUGGCUAAUGACAACGUGGAGCUGUGUGCCAAUUACAUCCAGAAACUCACCCUGGAGAGAAUUGGUCCCGAGAUGGAUAAAAAACUGGCUAAUGAAUUCGAGGUCCGUAAAGUGUCUCGUCAAGAAGGUCGUCCGUACUUUGACCCUGCAGCUUACAAUUACCAGACAGAAAGGGUGCCGGAGCAGAUCAGCCUCAAGAUCGGUUCAGUGUCCCCCCAGCAGAUGGCUGUGUACGACGAGUUUGCUCGGAACAUCCCAGGCUUCCAGCCCCUGACGGAGUCCACGCUGCCCUCGGGCUCCAGACCUAACAAUGUGAUGACUUCCGGCCAGGAAGAGCUGGCCCAGCUGUACAAGAAGAUGCACCACGAGAUCGAGUCGCAGAUAGCGCUCAUGUCCAACCCUUCGUGCGCGUUGCCGUACAUGCACAAGCUCCUCCAGGCCAUCAGCAUGGCCCGCUCCAUGAUGGACAAGGCCUCGGCCACCGGGCUAGUGCAGAAGGCUGUGGAAGGCCUCACAGAGCAGUUCUCUAUGACUAGCAUGACAGACAGCGAGACUCUGUUCCGAUUCCGAGAGUGUCAUGUGCUCAUCCUGAAGGCUUUCAGUGAGCCCAUGGCGUUUGGCUUGCCUUGGGUCAGCAAAGAGGUCACCAGAUGCCUAAUACAGAGCACAGAGGACAACCGCUACAACUUGGACGUGGUGGAACUGCUGAUCCGCAGCGGGCUGGUCUUCUUGCCCCAGUACGACCUGUACCUCAGCUCCCUCAUGGAGAACGGGCUCAACCAGAUCGGCAUCACCUUCACCACCCAGCUCAUGCAGAGGCUGCUCUCCGCUCCGCUGGACGACAAGCAGCAGCAGGGAGGGCCGCAGCCCGUGGUCUUCUCCGAGUCGGAGUUCCCCCAGACCAUUGAGGCGCUGAACAUGAUCAGCUCGCGUUCGAGACAGCCCCAGGCCGACAGCCUUCCCGCCCUCAUUGACUCGCUACGAGGAACUGGCGACUCUGGCAACCUCAUGGACCGUGUACCUGGCAGCGUCACCUCCAUGAUGCAGACGGGAAUCACGCAGGUCUGGGAAAAGUUUGUCCAGAAUCUUUUUACCGUGCAGGCCAGAGAGUUUGACGACCCAGCGGGUCUGCAUGAGAAGACCGAGUUCCUUCUGCGCGAGUGGGUCAACAUGUACCACUCCCCCCAGGCCGGCCGCGACAGCUUCAAGGCUUUCAACGCUUUUGUGCAGCAGAUGCACACUCAGGGUAUCCUCAAGACGGACGAUCUGAUCACGAGGUUCUUCCGCUUGUGCACGGAGAUGUGCGUGGACCUGUGCUACCGCGCGCUGAGCGAGGCCGGCCAGUCACAGACCAUGAUCCGGGCCAAGUGCUUUCACACGCUGGACGCCUUUGUGCGGCUGAUUGCCCUGCUGGUGAAGCACUCUGGAGACACCAACACCGUCACCAAGAUCAACCUUCUCAACAAGGUGCUUGGCAUCAUGGCCGGUGUGCUCCUGCAGGACCACGAGGUGCGCUUCGCCGAGUUCCAACAGCUGCCCUACCACCGCAUCUUCAUCAUGCUCUUCAUCGAGCUCAACGCGCCUGAGCCCAUCCUGGAGGCCAUCAACUUCGAGGUCCUCACAGCUUUCUGUUUCAGCCAUGUGUUCCACAUCCUGCGACCAGCAAAGGCGCCAGGUUUUGCCUACGCCUGGCUGGAGCUCAUCUCUCACCGCGUCUUCAUCGGGCGCUUGUUGGCCCUCACUCCCAAUCAGAGGGGUUGGGGCUUCUACGCUCAGCUCCUGGUGGAUUUGUUCAAGAUCCUGGCCCCGUUCCUGAGGAACGCUGACAUGACCAAGCCUGUGCAGCUGCUCUAUAAGGGCACUCUGCGCGUUCUGCUGGUCCUUCUCCACGACUUCCCAGAGUUCCUCUGCGACUACCACUAUGCCUUCUGCGACGUGAUCCCGCCCAACUGCAUUCAGAUGCGCAACUUGAUCCUGAGCGCAUUCCCGCGCACGAUGCGGCUGCCCGACCCUUUUACAGUGAACCUAGUGGUGGAGCACCUGCCCGACAUCAACAAGGCGCCUCGCAUUCUCACCAACAUUGUGUCGCUGAUACAGCCCGCUUCCUUCAAAAAGGACCUGGAUUCUUACCUCAAGUCGAGGGCUCCCAUCACCUUCCUGUCAGAACUGAAGAGCAAUCUGCAGGCCAACCCUCAGGGAAGCCGCUACGACAUCCCCCUGAUCAACGCGCUGGUGCUGUAUGUGGGGACACAGGCCAUCCCGCUGCUGCAGACCAAGGGGGUCAGCAUGUCCACCAUCGCUCCCUCCUCCCACAUGGACAUCUUUGAGAAUCUGGCGGUCAACCUGGACACAGAGGGACGCUACCUGUUCCUGACGGCCAUCGCCAACCAGCUGCGCUACCCCAACAGCCACACGCACUACUUCAGCUGCGCCCUGCUCUACCUGUUCCGACAGGCCAACGACCAGACAAUACAGGAGCUCAUCACCAGAGUGUUGCUGGAGCGUCUGAUCGUGAACAGACCUCACCCAUGGGGACUCCUCAUCACCUUCAUCGAGCUCAUCAAAAACCAGAACUUCAAGUUCUGGGAUCACGAGUUUGUGAGAUGCGCCCCUGAGAUUGAGAAAUUGUUUGAAAACGUCGCACGUUCGUGCUACCCACAAAAACAGCAACAGCAGCAGCAGCAGCAGCAACAACAGUCACAGCAGAGUCAGCCUGGCCCUCAGGGCAUGUCACGCGAGGAGACGCAGACUGAGUGAGAGAAAAAUGUGCUUGGUUGAUGCCGUGACUUGACUUUGACCCAGGGGAGAUUGCAGCGGCUGCGGUGUGAAGCGGCGACAAUUCAACAGAUUCGUUUUGGGCACAGAUGGUGGAGGUCAUGGUUGAGAGAAUGUUUUUGACCUUUGCGGCGCCUUGCGAAACGCCACCUCCCCACAUAGCGACAGUGCAGUCUGUGCUGCUCAGAGGAUCUCAACGCAAGUCUGUCAGGAUAGGCCCUUUUCUGGUGAUGAUGAAUGCUCUCGAGGAUACGAGAAAGAACGCAUAAAUGCGGAAAUGCUGUGUACCUCAAACUGUCUCUGUUCCAGGAUCUACCAGUAGGCAGUUGGACCUCCUGGGUCUGUGAUAGAUAAGGAUGUGCUGACGCAUCUGUCACCGUGUUGUUGUCGUGUGGCAUGGUGUUCUUCUGUCCACGCUGAUAGCUGAGCCAUGUGUUAUGUUGUUACCUUCUCCUCCCUGUCCUGUGUCGUUCUGACGUGGCGCAUAUCAUACGUUGUCUGCUGAUGUGAAAAAAACUCCUUCAACUGGCACCCUUUUUAUGGACCUUUCCACAUCUUCAUGCUUGUGAGUGCAUACAUGCUCUCGCACACAAACCCAUGUUCACACUUCAGGUAUACUGCUGUGCCCAUGAGC